GGUUAGAGUUUUGGCUGGAUUUUUCUCUUGCAGUUUUUUUUUGCGCUGCUCACAAUUACAUAAUUGUCCAAUAAGAAAAAUGUCUCAAGCUCCAGUACGUGUUUCUCCACUCAUCAAAUUCGGCAGAUGGAGUCUUCUCCUGGUCGGUGUUGGCUACGGCGCAUUCCACCAGAGCCGACUUUCCACCCGUGAAGUCAAAAUCCGUGAAAUCGAAGCCCAACAAAAGAUUGUUCGCGAUGCUAAAUUGGCCGAAGAGAAGAAGAGGAACGCAGCAGCUGAAAUCAAGGCUCUCGAAGACCUGUCGAAACCAUCUAAAAAGUAGAUUUUAUUCCAAAAAAAAACUCAAGCCUGUAUGUUAAAUCGAAACGAUCUGAUUUUUUCCGAUACUGGAUUUAUAAGAAUUCAAUAAAUAAUUGUUCAUAACCAGAAAUAUAAAA